GUGUUUGUAGAAAUCUCGCAACAUCUCGUGUAGUGCAAUUAAAUAAUAAUUAACUUAAAAUGGUUCUCAAUGCAUUAAUUUUACUUCAACUAUUGAUGCUAAUAUGUGGCAUUAGAUACUUAACCCAGGCGGAGACGUUUUCACGUUUUUUAACGUUGCCACAGAAUCAAACCGUAAUAGAAGGUGAUUCAGCCGAUUUCGCUUGCCACGCUACGCCGACACGUGGUUUGAUCUAUUCAUGGACAUUAAAUGGUCAACUCUUGCAGAACUCCACACGUGUUUAUCAAAACGGUUCAGAUUUGCAUAUCGAUGCAGUCCGGCGUGAAAGUGAUGCCGGUAACUACGUGUGCAUAGCUACCAAUGUGGAAAAUGGGGCGCGACAAGCUUCACCGGAAGCACAUUUAAGCAUUAUAUGGAUUCAAGCGGCACUUGUUCAAUUCCUAGAGAGUAAACAUAAUCAAGUUAUACUUAAAUGUCAUGUCGAGGGUUCUUCAGCCGAUAGACUAACCGAAAUUGAAUGGUUUCGUAACAGCGAAAAGUUGAGCACUCUUCAAAACAUCAAAUUGCAAGAGAAUCGUUUGAUUAUAAAUAAUCCUAGUUAUCAAGACAAUGGUCUGUAUCGUUGCAUCGCUUCUAAUGAGGCUGGCCGAGUGAUGAGCAAGAAGGGAUAUGUUCUCAAAUGGGGGGAAAAUAAGGCUCUUGGUUCCUAUCAGCCAUCUUCCUCCAACUGUUUACCUCGUUUAAAGAAAAAUCACAUACUAUAUGAAAAUAUGAAGCAAAUUUUCUUGUGCCGCGGUAAGCGGGGCGAUUCAAAUGAUGCAAAUAUGGAACUGCCUGCAACAAAUAUUAGGAUUUUAAAUGGACCAUCGAAACGUGUGGCAGUUAAAGAAAACGAGUCCGUGGAAUUGACAUGUGCUUACAAUAUGUCGCAAAAACUGGCCAAAGAGGAAACUUUACUGCGUUGGCGAAAGGAUGGCAAAGUUAUACGUCAAGUGGAUUUGGCACAAACUUCCGUUGCUGCUGGAGCUGAUUAUAGCAAAGAUUCGCGUGUAUUUUUAAGCCGUCAGAAUGGUUCUCUUUCAUUUAGUAGCAUUGUUGCCAGCGAUGCAGGACAGUACACUUGUGAAAUUGUUACCAGUGGAUUUCGGCCCGUUAUUUCGGAUACAGGUAUCCUGGAAGUGAUUGAGCAACUGAAGUUUAUGCCACAACCUACCUCUUCGAAGAACUUGGAACUGGGCUCGGUCGGCAAGGUGCAUUGUAAAGCCCAGGGUACACCGACGCCUCAAGUCCAGUGGUUGAAGGAGUUAGAAGAUCCUUUGCCCGACAGUAUUGAGGAUAUCAAUGGAACGUUAACUUUUAAAAAUGUGUCUUCUGAAAAUCGAGGAAAUUACACUUGUUAUGCUACCAAUGCCCAAGGGAAAAUUAAUGCAACUGUUAGCAUAAAUGUUGUGGUGGCACCGCGAUUUUCGGUGGCUCCCGAAGGCCCACUGGAAGUUGCAAUAAAUGCAGUGGCGAUGAUGCACUGUCAAGCUAUCGGUGAUCCGAAGCCGACUAUACAAUGGGAUAAAGAUCUGGAAUAUUUGAGUGAUAAUAAUACUGAUCGUAAUCGUUUUGAAUUUCUGGACAAUGGCACCCUAGUCGUACGCAACGUUCAACAAAAAGACGAAGGUAUAUAUGGAUGUACGAUUGGCAACAGUGCCGGUCUUAAGAGAGAAGAAGUUCGUUUUAUUGUUAAAUUACCAGAUAAUGAAGAUGGUGGCGAUGGUCUCCUCAUAACACGUGCUGUUUUGAUCACCAUGUCUGUGGCUUUAGCUUACAUAGUUUUGGUGGUUGGUCUAAUGAUUUGGUGUCGCUAUAGGCGGCAGGCUCGUAAGGCACGUUUGAGUGAGGCGAAUCGCGAAAAUCCUGAAGUAGGGGAAGAAGGUGAUAAAAAUGCCGAAAGCGAACCUUGUCUUCCGGAUAGUUCUUCAGUGAAGAAGGUACGCAAAACAAACGGCAGUUACACUCAACGCAGCAGCUGCAAUGAGGCUCAAAAAUCUGAUGAUACCGCUUGCAGUAAUCAUUCAAAAACAUCUAAGCGUUCAAAUAUUUACGAUCAGCUUAGUUUCUCGCGAUCCGGUAUUAGCGAGCUUAUACAGAUCGGUCGCGGUGAGUUUGGCGAUGUUUACGUCGGCAAAAUCAAAGCUUCGCAAAUUAAACAAUGCGAGGACAAGGAUAGCGAUACGGAGAAACAAAGUAAUACCAAUAGUGAUAACGGUAACGGAUCGGCAACCACUACCAGUACCUCGGUAGAAGUUAAAAGACGUUCGAAGACUUCAAUGGAUGAUAUCGAAGAAAUACGAGAAGAGCACGAUACCGGCAAUGGCGCUUCACACCAAGCCAACUCCAAUGCAGGCGAUGACUACAAACUAGUUAUGGUGAAGGCUUUAAAUAAAAUCAAAGACGAACAUAUUUGCCAAGAAUUUAAGAGGCAAAUUGAAAUGUUUAGGACUUUAACACAUAAAGGAGUGGUUAGACUGUACGGCUUGUGUCGAGAAAAAGAUCCACAUUAUAUGGUUUUGGAAUAUACAGAUUGGGGCGAUUUAAAACAAUUUCUUUUGGCAACUGCUGGUAAAGUAAAUACCUCAAUUAAUUCGUCAUCAUCACAACCGCCUCCUCCUCUACAAAAAGGACAAAUUCUCGCUGUUGCUUAUCAAAUAGCAAGAGGAAUGGAUGCUAUUUAUCGUUCCCGUUUCAUACAUAAAGAUUUGGCUUCACGUAAUUGCAUAAUUUCCAGUGAUUUUAUAGUAAAAGUAUCAUAUCCGGCAUUGUGUAAAGAUAAAUACAGCAAAGAGUAUUAUAAGCAUCGCAAUUUAUUAUUACCGAUUAGAUGGUUGGCCCCGGAAUGUAUUCAAGAGGAUGAGUAUACAACGAAAAGUGAUAUCUUUGCCUUUGCCGUUGUUGUAUGGGAGCUGUUUACUCAGGCCGCUAAAUUGCCUUUUGAGGAAUUGAGUAAUGAAGACGUGAUAAAAUAUAGUCAAGCGGGUAAACUUGAAUGGAAGUGCGCCGAUGCCACACCAGACAGUCUUAAGGAAAUAUUGGCUUCGUGCUGGAAUGUCAACCCGAAAGAGAGGCCUUCCUUUAGCCAGCUAUGUUCUGCCUUAAGUAAAGCUAUACAAAGUGUGGAUAAAUAAUUACUAGAAAAUUAGAUUCCGUAACAAAUUGAAAGCCAAAAAAUAUACAUCAUAUAAGACAGUCUUUGAUUUAUAAGAAUUUUUAUAAUUUAGCUGUAAUUUUAUAAUAAUCAAUAUCUAUAUAUAUAUAUAUACAUAAAAUAUAUAAUUCACGGGCAAUAUGUUGUGGUGAUGUUUCUCUAAACACACAUAUUAGUUAAAAAAAAAAAAAAAAAAAUUAUUAGUAAUAAUUCGAAAUGACUGAAAAUAUCUAUGUAUAAAAACAAAUCUAUUAAAACAAAGUUAAUUUUUUGCGUCAUUCCAAAGUAAAUAUUUUGAGAAAAAAAAAAUAAUAAUUUCAAAUUGCAAAUUUUGAUCAUUUUCUGGAACUUUCCAAUCCUUGAACUAACGAAACGAAGGAAUACAUUAUUUUUCGCUCUUUGCUGUAAAAUUUAGGUAAACAACCAUUUUUCACUUUAUUAUUAGCGGAAAAGAAGUGAGAAAAUUAGAAUCGUUUUUUUCUUACAAAAAGGCUUACAAAGAAACGGAUAAAGUAAGUGUUCCGUGACCGUGGGUGAUCCUUUUCGUUUUUGUAACAUAUCUUUAGGAGUUUUUCGUGAGAUUUUUUGUGGAUAACCCAGAAAGACAUGUCCUCAGUCUGCGGUGUACUUUCGGCGGACCAUUUUCAACACCAACCUCCAACUUCCCAAUGUUUCUGUCAAAUUUGAAGUCGACAUUACAUAGAUGGACAGACAGACGGACGCAACAACAUUCGAUGGUCUACGCGCUAUAUAUUCAUUUUUGCGACCAGGGGAACGUUUACCAACGAAAUUAAGCAGAUGGACAGAUGGACACACUGAAAUCAAUUCAGAAA